CGACACUUGCUUUCGGACAGUGACCCACCAAUAAUGAAGACAAAGCGGAUACUCGACGUCAUAUCGACCUUACUCUGCAUUUGUAUCGUUAAUGCAGAUUACGGUCAUUCUGGAUGCGGCAGUCCAUCUUAUUUGACCAGUAACUACGGUCGUAUCAUCUCUCAGAGCGGGUAUGGAUCGUCACUCUCUAACUACGGAAACAAUCAAGAUUGCACGUGGAGGAUUAACGCUCCGACUGGUAAGGUUAUCAGGCUUACCUCAGCAGAUUUCCACCUGGAGGACGAUGCCCAAUGUAGCUAUGACUUCCUUGCGAUAUAUGACGGUUCCUCGUCCGGAGCCAAACUCAUAGGAAAAUUCUGUGGUAGUAACUCUAUCAGCGUUGUGUCCUCAGGCACCCAUCUGUUUCUCGAAUUUAUCACUGACGACAGUAGUCACUUCUCCGGAUUCCAGAUAAACUACAGGUUUAUCCAGUCGACAAGUUCCUGUGGUGGAACGGAUCACAUGUGUCCCAACCACCAGUGUAUACCUCACAGCUUUCUCUGUGACGGUGACAACGACUGUGGGGAUCACAGCGACGAGGCUACCUGCUCCAGUUCCGGUUCCGCGAAUUGCGACUCAGAUGAGUUUGCAUGUCCUGAUCACUCAUGUAUCCCGUCGACAUGGAAAUGUGAUGGCGAUAACGAUUGUGGGGAUAACUCUGACGAGCACAAUUGCCAAAGCACAACCUCGAACCCUUCCACGGGUACAUUCACGCCUGUAGGUGAUUCAGGGUGUGGAAACAAGGCAGACAAUAACGGUACUUCCGGUAGCUUCAGCAGCCUUAACUAUCCUAACGAUUACUCUCCUAGUAUGUCGUGUCGCUGGGUAAUCAACGUGCCAGCGGGAAAGGUCAUACAACUGACUUUCAACAACAAUUUUAACGUGGAAACCAUCAGCGGCUGUACGUACGAUAAAGUCACGGUGUACGACGGGGGUUCACUAAGGGUUAUCGGACAGUAUUGCGGAAGGUCAGCGCCUGCUCCAAUCCUGGUAAAUAGCAACCACGCUGUAGUGGUGUUCACUUCCGACUCCACUGAUGAACACACAGGCUUCCAAAUCAACUGGUCAGCUGUUGAUGCUGGUUCCUCCGUCACCACUGCGCGACCAGGGUCUGCCAGCACAUGUACGAAGGACAUUCAUUUUACCUCCCAGGGAGUAAUCACCAGUCCCGGGUUUGGCCUCCAUAGUACCUACCCAGCUGAAAGUCAUUGUAUCUGGAGAUUAUUUGCUCCAUCCGGAAACAUAAUCCGGCUCCACUUUACUAGUUUUGGUGUUGAAGGAGGCCGUUCAUGUCCGUUCGAUGCCGUCCAUGCUUUUGAUGGUCCGUCAUCUUCUGGAACCGAAUUGGCGAAUGUUUGUGGUAACCAUAUACCAGCAGACAUCCUUUCCAAGACGAAUGUGAUGUUCGUAAGCUUCAACUCUGACGCUGAUACACAGGAUAUUGGCUUCAAUGCUACUUACACCGUGGAAAAAGUACAAGUGUCUCCCGUGACGCAAUUGACUGACGCAGCAUGUCAUGCCUCGACUGCGCCGACGCUAAACAGCACUUCCGGUGUGAUUCUUUCGGAGGGACGCGAAGACGGUCAUCGUUACCCUGACAACCUUAAUUGUCGUUGGGCAAUUAACGCUCCACCUGGGAAAGUCAUCACAUUAACCUUUAACGAUUUUGACGUGGAGAAGGACAGUAACUGUGACUACGAUUAUCUUAAGAUAUAUGACGGCUCUUCAGCGCAUGCGCACAUAAUAGAAACGUACUGUGGUAUUACAUACCCAAGCAAACUAACAUCUACUGGGAAUCAGAUGUAUAUCCGGUUCCAUACUGACGACAGCGAGGGAAGUUCCGGUUUCAAUAUUACAUACACCGUCCAUGACCCAAUUGCCACAUGUUCACCCAGCCAGUUUACCUGUUCGGACGGCAAGUGUAUCAGUUACAGCGCUGUAUGUGAUAAACACCGCGACUGUACUAACGGAGGCGACGAACAGCUUUGUGCUUCCAGUGCUACGUGCGGCCGACCUGCCAUUACGCCAUCGCUCGGGAACAACAAAAUUGUCGGAGGAAAAGAGGCUGUUCCGAACAGUUGGCCUUGGCAAGCGUCACUGACGUUUGGACCACUCCAUCAACACCUUUGUGGAGCCACCUUAAUUAGUCCUCAUUUUGCAAUUACAGCAGCACAUUGCUUCGAGGAUGAUCGCACACCUCGCCACUGGCAGAUUGUGUUUGGAAAACACCACCUAAAGCAAAAUGACCCCCACCAAGUCACAGUGGAUAUAGCCAAGAUCAUGGUGCACGAACAUUACGACCCCGACGCUACCAGCAAUGACAUCACACUGUUAAAACUGGCCACACCCGUACACCUGAAUGACUACGUCAAUAUAGCCUGUCUGCCGUCACAAGCAGUCAGUGACAACCAGGAGUGUUACACCACCGGAUUUGGUGAAGUUCUAGGGACAUGCUGCGCUGAUGUUCUAAAACAGGCUGCCCUACCUAUAGUAAAUAUCAACACCUGUAACAGUUCGAGCUAUCUGGAUGGACAGGUGUUAGAUACAAUGAUCUGUGCAGGCUACUCAAAGGGCGGUCACGACUCUUGCCAGGGUGACAGUGGUGGCCCCUUGGUAUGUAAUAAUGGCGGGAAAUGGCAGCUAGAAGGAAUCGUGUCCUGGGGAAUAGGCUGUGGAGAUCCUAACCAGCCCGGUGUUUACACCCGAGUAUAUAAGUAUGUACAGUGGGUCCAGGAACACAUAGCAGCUAACUCCUAACAUUAUUGGACAUGCCGUAUUAUGGUGUAAUGGGAAACUUAGAUUAAGACAAUUUCGAUAAAAAACAACUACUACAAAUUU